AGUGAUCUGCACAUGCACGGUGGCAACGGUGCAUGGCAAGCAGCGCGACAAGACGCGAAAACCGAAUCAGAAUCGGAGCGUGAGUAGACUGAUUCAGAGAGACGGUUUCGUCGCUCUUACUGGACGCCCCAUGAGUGCGAGAGAGGCAGGGCGACGAAAACGACUCUCUGAAUCAGUCUGCAGAGGGAAGGAAACGGCGUCCCUGUCGCCGUGGCCAGAAGCAGAAACAGCCGCUAGUUAGUUGCUCCUGCCGCCGCGAGAUGGCGCCACCGCCCGGGCCGUCCCACUCCGACGACGACCUGGACGACGUCUGCUACUGCUGCGAACACGGAGUAAACAUGGCUGUCUGGCAGCAACAAGUUUUCGCCCUAGACGCCAAAUACAACGCCCACCGCGCGCCAAACCACCCAAAUUUUAGGACCCAGUACAUUCGGAGGAGAAGCCAACUCUUGAGAGAGUGUCCACGGAAAGAGGAUUCACAGUUUCGCAGACAGUAUUUAAAGCAUAGGAACCAAUUGUUGCAACAGAGAUAUGGCAUCUCGUUCAGUGAUCAAGCAAGUUUAAGGAGUCUUAACAUGAGUGCUCGAAGUAGCAGUCGGGUAAGUGAAUCCACUGAAUCGUUCCGACAGUUACAUGGGAGUGAAGAUGGUGUGAGCCUGAGCAAUUUCUCCAGGCGACCCAGUGUUGCCAGUGGAGUUGUUCCUACUCAUCAAGCGGAAGCUUCACGUGCCAUUGUGGGAGGGAAUACAAUUGAUGAAAAUUAUGCCUUUGUUGGUGUCCAUCACAUAUUUGAUCAGCAUAAAGCAGCUGUAACAAUGUGCAAAUUCGCCAAUAAUGACCGUUCCCGCCUCUGCUGUGUGUCCAAUGAUGGCUCAGUAUCACUUUGUGAUGUCACUGCUACUCCGCCCAAAGUAGACUUCAUUCUGGAAGGUCACAAGGGACCAGUAACUGGCUGUGAUUGGUCAAUAUCAAACGACUUACUAGUUACCAGUUCAUCUGAUGGUACUGUCAGACUAUGGGAUGUUUCUCUUACAAAUCCUAAGUGCCUACGGACCGUGUCAGAUCCUGAUAAUGCCCAAGUCCUAUGCUGUGCAUUUGUCCCAGCCAACAGCAAUAUGGUUGUUGCUGGAAACGGACAGGGAUCUCUUCUAGUUCUCAAUAUUUCAACAGGAAUUUAUCCACGUCCUCGAAGCAAUGGAAAAAUAGGUGGUCAAAUAUUAUCGGUAGCAUGUGAGGCGACUGGACACCUCAUAUGGGCCGGAAACAACAAGGGUGUUAUUGUCUCAUUUAUUAUUGAUGCUGGAUCUGGUCGUCUGACUAAAUGCAGGAAACUGAACAUAGCUGAAAACUGUGCCAUCACUUGUUUGAGCUGGCGUGCAUGGAUGAGUAGAGAAGCCAGGGAUCCAACUAUUCUUGUCAAUUGUGCGGCCAAUGUAGUAUGUCUGUUCAGAGUUUCUGACAACAAUGGCACUCUUCAACUCCGACGAAAAUUUGCUGUUAGGCACAAACAUCAAUUGCUGCGAUCUACCUUUUGCCCUAUUAUGUCCUUUAGGCAGGGCGCUUGCAUUGUAACGGGAAGUGAGGACUCUUGUGUUUACUUCCUGGACAUAGAACGCGAAGGCAAAGCCUGUGUUAAUAAACUUCAGGGUCAUGCCUGUCCUGUCCUGGGUGUAAGCUUCAAUUAUGACGAAAGCCUCCUCGCCACCACAGAUGUUCAAGGACUCGUAAUCAUCUGGCGGCGCAAUGACUUAAACUCCAUGCAGGGUGAAAGCAACUAGUUUGUAAGAUUAUUAUUGUUACUUUGUUACCUCACAUUCCAUCUGGGUAUCCCCAUUUUAUGAUUUCAUAGAGUAUUUAUUCAGAGUAUUAAUGUUACUAUUUUUAUGUAAAUAAAUUUUAACUUUUAUUGAAAA